UUCUUUCCUAAAAAGUUCCUCAACAAUACUAUGACAUCCCAAAGAUUUGCAUUAUAUAAUAAUGUACUCUAAAAACUGUUCAUGAUCAACAUCAAUUCCAUUCACUUGAAAAAACAACGAAAAUGCAGCAUCCUAGGCCAGCAUUACCAAUUAAACAUCGCGAUCACGAUCGCCCUGUAAAGCGACAUCAUAGUGCUAGCUACUAUGCUCACUGGGUUAAAGAAAGUUUAACCACAAGAAUGUCAAAGCUCAUAUGUACUAUAUUCUUAGGUCUUCUUGCAAUUGUUGGACUCAUCACAUUCAUUUUAUGGCUAAGUCUUCGUCCUCAUCGACCACGAAUUUUCCUCAACGACUUCUCUAUUCCUGCUUUAGGCCACGGAGAUGGUGGUGGUGGACCUGAAAAUGCACACAUAAGCUUCAGAGUUACAGCAAGGAAUUCAAAUCAAGGUAUUGGAAUAUACUAUGAUGCAAGUCAAGUGACAGUGUAUUAUCGAGAAAAGCGCGUUGGAAGGUACCAAAUGUUGACAACAUUCUAUCAACAGCCCAAGAAUAGCACCUGGUUUGCUAGUACACUUAGUGGUUCAUCAUUGACAUUGACAGAGUCGCAGUGGAAGCAAAUGCUGCAUGAUCGGUCGAGGGGGGCAGUGAUUUUUCGUAUUGAAUUAGUUUCGACUAUAAGAUUUAAGAUUUCGUCGUGGAACAGUAAACAUCAUAGGUUUCAUGCUAAUUGUCCCGCUGGACUAGGACAAGAUGGCAAGCUGUUGCCUAUUUAUAUGGACAAGAGGUGUUCUUUUUAUUUCUAUUGAUGAAUUAGGAAGGGGAACAUUUAUUUAUGAUAUUUUCCAUUUGUUGUCCUAUUUUUUUUUACAAAAAUAACAUACCCGGUGUAAUCCCACAAGGGGGGUCUAAUUAGGGUAGUGUGUACGCUGACCUUACUGAUUCUAUUAGACCCGUAGAAGGUAGAGUGGUUGUUGUCCGAUUCUUAUUGAGUUCUCAUUUUUAGGCUUGUAUUCGACUACAAAGUUGAAGUGCAUUAUUUCUGAACUAAAGGAACUCUGUUGAACCAA